AUGUGUGAAAUUUGAUAUUCUCACUAAAUUAGCUAAUUUUUAGCUGUGUUCCAUGCUUAUCUCUAGACCUUUGUGUAUUAAAUCCUGUCUCGAGCUGUUCCCUUUAUACACAAGUGUGUUUUGCUUGUGCCUUCCUGUCUUCUUCAGUGAGAAGCUUUAUGUAGGUCAGGCUUGGCUUAAGCAGAUUUCCUGAACCUGCGUCAGCUUAAGCUGGAGGAAUUUUAAUAAACCCUCCCCUGUAGGCGUGGGCCUAAAUGAGGCUAGCCUAGUUAAGCCUGAUCUUUUUCUGUUUGUGAAAAGAGCUGAGCAGAGCUGAAGGCUGCAUGGUGGUUUCAGAAACUGCCUACUUAAUUUGAAAAGAACAAUGGUAGGAAAGGCUAGAUCUUCCAAUUUUACCUUAUCUGAAAAGCUUGAUUUGCUAAAGCUUGUGAAGCCAUAUGUGAAAAUUCUCGAAGAACACACUAAUAAACAUUCAGUAAUAGUAGAAAAGAAUAGAUGUUGGGAUAUCAUAGCAGUUAACUAUAAUGCAAUUGGAGUAGACCGCCCUCCUCGAACAGCACAGGGCCUACGCACCCUUUAUAAAAGGCUCAAAGAAUAUGCCAAACAGGAGCUAUUGCAGCAAAAAGAGACCCAAUCAGAUUUUAAAAGCAAUAUUUCUGAGCCAACCAAGAAAGUUAUGGAGAUGAUUCCCCAGAUUUCCAGUUUUUGCCUGGUAAGAGACAGGAACCACAUACAAAGUGCAAACUUGGAUGAGGAGGCACAGGCUGGUACCAGUUCACUACAGGUAAUGUUGGAUCACCAUCCUGUUGCUAUUACAGUGGAGGUGAAGCAAGAAGAAGACAUUAAACCACCUCCUCCACUGGUUUUAAAUUCUCAACAGAGUGAUACUUUAGAGCAAAGAGAAGAACAUGAAUUAGUACAUGUUAUGGAAAGAUCCUUGUCGCCUUCACUUUCCUCUGUCGAUAUGAGAAUGACAUCGUCUCCAUCUUCUAUUCCAAGGAGAGAUGAUUUUUUUCGGCAUGAGAGUGGUGAACACUUUAGGUCACUAUUAGGGUAUGAUCCUCAGAUCCUGCAAAUGUUGAAAGAGGAGCAUCAGAUAAUUUUAGAAAAUCAAAAAAAUUUUGGAUUGUAUGUUCAGGAGAAGAGGGAUGGAUUGAAAAGAAGGCAGCAGCUAGAGGAAGAGCUACUAAGAGCAAAAAUUGAAGUGGAGAAGCUGAAAGCAAUUCGCUUACGGCAUGAUCUACCUGAAUAUAACAGUCUCUAAGUUUUUUUUUUCAAUCUUGCAAUUUGAUAAUUUUGAUUUUGGCCAAAUUACUUUAUUUUGGGAAUAUCCUGAAACAGAAUACACGUUCUUGAAAAAUGUUGUUAAUCUCUAUUAUGGAAAAACUUUUUUGAUAUAAUUUUCUAAUUAUUUUCUUUUGAGAUAUUAAAAUUUACUGGUUGGUUGGCA